AUGAUUCGAGUUGCCAUAGGCGGAAAAUCUAAGGCCCUUUUAUCUCACUUGACCUCUGAUCGUCCAAGCCAAGACAAACAAUCUUACGAGCAAUGGGAACAAGAAGAUCUAAUUGUGUUCUCAUGGCUCAUCCAAAAUAUUGAACCUACUAUUGCAGGUAACCUAACAGAGUACCCCAUUGCAAAAAUGUUAUGGGAUGCUUUAGUGGUCACAUACAGUAGUGGCAGAGACAAACUUCAAACAUUCAACCUCCAUGUCAGGGCUAAUGACAUCAAGCAAAAUGACAGCACCCUUGAAGAAUUUUGGAUUACACUCGAAGGUGUCUGGGGAGAAAUCGACAGGAUCAAUCCUAACCCCAUGAAAUGUCCAGAUGAUAUCAAGACUUACGCAAGAAUCAGGUCAGAGCAAAAACUUUUUCAAUUCUUAAAUGCCCUCGAUCAAAAAUACGAAUCAAUCAAAAGGGAGAUCCUUCGAUUGGAACCAUUGCCUUCGGCGGAGGCAGCUUAUGCUACCGUCCGUAAGGAAGCCGCUCACUAG